CAUUCAUUUCUGUUUCAAAACUGUUGAACUGUCGUGUGUUGAGUUUACGACUUUGUUUUGUGAAACAAUUUAAUUAUUUUCAUGCUUUGUUAAAGAUUAUAUUUUAAAUAUGACAACUUUAUACAGUGUAUUGAUUUUCGCAUGUACACUGCCAGCAGUUUUCAGCGUACGAUGUUAUCAAUGUGCAUCGUCCCAAAACUUGCUAGAAGAUACUUGCGGCGCUUAUAAGUCAUUCGACAAAGAGAGUCACAUAGCAGUUGACUGCUACAGCGAAGAAACGAAUAUACAGGGAGCGUUUUGCAUGAAACUGACUCAGCAAGGGCCUAAAGGGUUUAUUUGGGAUGGUAGAUGGCGUCAAGUGAUUCGCCGCUGUGCCUCAAUAGCAGAUACUGGAGUGACCACAGUGUGCAACUGGGGGGUGUAUGAAAAUGGCGUCUAUUGGGAGGAGUGCUACUGUGCUUCGGACGAAUGCAACGGUUCAUCAUUCAUUACCUCUUCCAUUGCACUGACUUUGAGUACCAUAGUUUUAGCGUACUUGCACAAACUUGUUUUGUGA